UUGUGUCACUGUCAAAUUUACGCUAAGAAAAAAAAGUCGCUCGAAUCGAACGAAGGGUUCGAAAAUAAAUAAAUCUCAGAAAUCAAUAAUAAUAAUGAGUCUCAAUAAAGAUUUGCGCCAAUUACUAAAGCCAUACUAUUGGGUUAACAUACUAUUAAGUAUUUCGUACGUGACAUGCAAGCGUACGGCGGUAAUAUGCAAUUUUCUAUUCCCCAACGCGGAAUGCGAGUUGGAUAGUCGUGAAACGGAAAUACUUUUUUUCCUGAUUAUCGUCGUGAUGCUGAGGACGAGGAAGGCGGGAAGUGUGACGAUGGUAAAUUAUCUUUCGGCCUCCUUCGUCUACACGAAGAUUGCCAACCUAAUUCUCUGGUUUUAUGCCGAUAUUAGAUAUGGACUACCAUACGGAGCACUAGUGAUCCUAUUCGCUUUAAUCCUCCCGGAGCCAACGUACACGGGUCCGGAGCACAUAACCUACUUCCGAGGCCUGCAGACAUUAGAGGAGGAGCUGAAACACCACAAGACCACGUGGCUGGUGUGUCUGUACGCAGCGUGGCACCCGGCAUGUGUUAACUUUGCUCCGGUGUUCGCUGAGCUGUCAGCCAGCUACUCUUUGGACAAUCUCAAGUUUGGCAAGCUAGAUGUUGGACGGUAUCCUGACGCCGCAGCCAAGUUUCGCGUACAGGACGGGCCCACUAGUCGUCAGCUGCCAACAAUACUCUUGUUCAAUGAAGGCAAGGAGGACAUGCGGAGACCACAGCCGGACCACACUGGGAAACUCCAGAAAUUCCUAUUCUCAAAGGACAAUGUGAAGGCAGCUUUCGACAUCGACAAUAUCUAUCAGACUUGCAAGGAAAAACUCUCAGUCGUCAAAAACAAUAAGAAGAGCGAAUGAAAUACCUGUUAGCAGCCGUUGGGGGUGAGGGGUGGUGGGUUUGAAAGGGGCUCCCUUUUUUUCGCAUAAAUUGUUUAUCCUAAUUUAAUUUAGCAAAACGGGUUAGGCACAUUUUUUUGACGUAAUAUUUUAACAUAUUUGUUUUUCGGCAUACCUUUUCAAUAAGCAUAAUUAUAGUUUAGGCUAAUGUAUUUUAUCAUAAUUUUGAUUUGCAUAAAGCUAUAGUGUAUCAGUAGGUCAGGGUGCGGCGAGGUGCACCCAUAGGCCGCCAAUAUGCUUUAGGAUAUUACGCUUAAAAAUUGUUAUUUGUAAGGUAAAAAAAUUGUGCCUAAAACUUUAUGCCAAAUUAAUUCAAAAUUCAAAUCAUUUAUUCAGAAAUUAGACCUUCACAGGCACUUUUUUUCUCGUCAAUUUUUAUAUUUAUAGUUAUUUCUCACAAGCUACAAACUACUGGCAUUUCGAAACGACCACUGCUGAGAAGAAAUGCCGAAAGAAACUCAUUCAAACAGUGUUGGUCCCUAUCAUGCCAAAAGGGCUUACCAUUAUUAAUAUUGUGCGUAACUAUUAUUAUGAUAAGUAAAAGUAUGCCAUGUUAAAUUAUGACAUAAAAUUGUAUGCUUAAAAAUAGGGAACCGUUGGGAUCACAGCUUGGUCGUACGUCAGUUGAACCAAAAUGGCGGCCGUCAGCGCUGGUUUAAUUAGAGAUGAAAGUGUUAGAAAGGAUUUCCAGUGGUUAUUAUUUAUGAAAAAAUAAACGAGUAUUUUGAACUUCGCGGGUGACCACGAAAUAUCCCAUAAAUAACACGCUUUAAUCUCUAAUUAAACCUGCGCUGACCGUCGCCAUUUUGGUUCAACUUGUGUGCCGAGGAUUGUAAAUACAUGCGUAGGUUACUGCAAAAAUAUUUUAAACAAUGUCCAAAGUCAAAAGUCGCGGAGUUCAAAAAUUUGUUUCUUGUUUUUCACGUUAAAUUUUAAAUUUUUAUUUACACAUUUUAAGGUUUUUGCACGUUUUUACCAAUUGCUUUUGUUUAUUAGUGAAGCGGUGGUGGUGUAAUGGUUAAGACGCCCGCCUGUGGAUCGAACGGUCCCAGGUUCGAAUCCUACUCAUGCCACAUGAGUUUGUAUACCAAUCUGACUCAUGAAUAGUAGUUUUCAUCGACUAUCACUUGCUUCCGGUGAAGAGAAACAUCGUGAGGAAACCGGCACACUGGUUGAUUAUUAACUUGUGUGUGAAAUAGAGAAGCCAAUGGCAAACCACUCCAAUAAUAAAUUCAAGAAAGUUAUGUGUGUUUCAUUCCACGUAAUGACCACGAACCUCAGCCAUGAGGAAUACGAAUGAAUAAGAUUAGCGAAAACUAAAAAAUCCUCUUUCCAAAUUAUUCUACACUAGAUAAAGGAAUUAAUUGCAAAGUAUUACAGUUUUCCAUCACACGAUGUAGACACAGUCUACUGCGAAGAUUGUGGUGGCCACCGUUUUCGGUUUAGUGAACUGUGACUACAAUGUGUGAUGGAAAACUAUGAUAUUUUGCAAUGAAUUUCUUUAUCUAGUGUAGAAUAAUUUGGAAAGAGGAUUUUUUAGUUUUCGCUAAUAAACAAAAGUUAUUGGUAAACAUGUGAAGGUGGCGCUCGUGUGUAGUUGUGUAUAAUCGUAAAUUUUGCAGUGAAAAAUCGGGCAUUCCUCCAAAACCGGUACGUUUGGCAACGCUGGUAACGAUAUAAUAUUUUCACUAUAACUGUUUCGUGUAGGUUUAGUGCCAUUUUAUAGUUUAAUAACAUAUUUAUUUUUAUUAUUUAUUGAUAAUAAUGUUUAGUGGUAAGAGUAAUCUACGAUUGAUUUUAAAUGUGUGUGUUUGUUUGUCCUUAAUUCACGUCAAAACGGAGCAAUGAGCAAUUGAAUUAAUGUUUUUUUUUUUGUGCCAUUUCAUUCAUUCGCCAAUGUCAAUUUAGAGAAUUCUGUAUAUGUCUGUUCAUAGGAGAUAUUAAAGAAAAAUAAUUAUUAUGGAAGGUCUUUAUGAGAAUAGUAGAAGUUAAAACAAUAUUUUUUAGAAUUUUCGUUUGUAUGUAUGUUAGUUUGCGCAUCACGUCAAAACUGCUGGAUGGAAUUUGGUGCGAUUUUUAUAAUUGUCUUUGCCUUGCGGAUUAAAAUCUGGUUUCAUCGUUGUUAAAAUCCGAGAUAUUUACAAGUGUAUGAGCGGACGCAAGAUAUGAAAGCAGGCGAAGCAGCGGACAAUAGCUAGUAAUUAAUAUUAAUCUUUCUCGAUUUUCAAUUUGAGAAAGACUUUGAUUAUAAGAUCGGUUAGAAUUAUAAUUAUAAAUCGCAGAAACAGAUAAAUGACCGCGAAAAUUCAAAAUGGCGCCAUUUUUUUUAAACUCCAUACCCAAUACCAUUGGGUAUUUGGCAUUUUUUUUUUUUUAAUAAUCAUGAUAAAGGUAUUAAUUAAUAUGUGUUAUUAUGAUCCCGCAGAGUGUGGCUGUAACACGAAAUUAUUUAAUAUCAUAUUUUUUCAGAUAGAAAAUAAUUUAGUUUCUUCUUCUUGACCUUAUCUCACUCAUGUGGGGUCGGCACAAAAAAUAAUUUAGUUUAUCUUGUAUUAAAGUUAAUCAUGUUUGAUUCAGCAAGUUCCGUUUCUCCGUUUUUUUCUUUACGAGUCCUAACAUGUAAACAAUAAUCACUGUACAAAACUAAUUUUGUUGAAAACAAAUCAAAUAUAAGCUCAAGCCUAUACAUUCAUAAAGUAAAACAUUUAUUGACCGCGAAAAUGAUUUCCUAAGAAGUUAAUUUUAAUUUAUAUUGCUGUGUAAUCAUAUACAGACGUGUUGAGAGUGUUUACAUGAUAGGUAGAUGUGAGAAAAAAUUGAAUUUAUUUAUAUUGUGUUCAAGUGUGUGCGAUUUUUUUACUUUUCACUAUAAGUAUUACACCUUUUUAUUGUUAUGUAAAUAAAGUAAUUAUUGCCAGCUUAA